UCCAACACAGCCAUUGCAGAUAUAAAUGCUAUGGACGUGAUUCCUUACUCUACAUAGCAUAUUUAUAUCUGAAUUUAACAAAAUGUUGCGUCCUGCUGAACGCGAUCCAGCCAGAAAAAUGUCCACCAUAUCUGCUGCCAGCGUCGAGCCGGUUGCAAUUGAGGGCACGGAGAAGAAACCAAUGAAACCCUGUUGUGCGUGCCCAGAGACGAAGAAAGUUAGGGAUGCGUGCAUCAUUGAGAAGGGCGAAGAAAGUUGCACAGAUCUCAUCGAGGCACAUAAGGAUUGUAUGAGGGCGCUUGGAUUCAAGAUUUAAUAUAACUUUAUAUAAUGAGUCAUUGUGUUGUUGCUGGCUGGCUGUCUUAAAGGGACCUGGGAUAUUCCUCGUGUUUUUAUUUAUACCUCAACAUGAAAGGAAGAUGUGAUCGCUGCACAGAUGGUCAUGAUGGAAGAUAUGUUCCACUGAGUGACAUGUUUUUUUAAUACUCUUAAUUUCAGAAUUAUGUGAAUGUUGUUCUGCUGAUUUGAGUGACAUAAAUAUCCUAUGCAAUUUGA